UAUCGUUAAAAGUAAACGCCACUAGUAACUCAGCUGAUCGCGGGCAACAUGUGCACUCCAGCGUUUACCAACACUGGGAUCAAAACAACGUGAAACUACGCCUGAAAUGACGAAUCUACGUAAGGAACUGGAGAAAUGCAAGCAUCCAAACAGCCGAAAGACCAAGGCUCUGGGCAAGAAAGCACGCCGCCAGAACCACAAGCACCAAGUGCGUUUGGGCCAUGCGAUUAAGAGCAACAUAACCGGCGAGAAGUUGAGCUGGUUUCUGGGCCAAAUCGAUGAGGGCCGCACAGAGCCGCUGAGUCCGCAGGAACUGGAGGAUCUGAUCGAGCUGUACUUCACACGAUUUGACGAGGAACUGGGGCAGAUCAACCUAAAGCAGUCGAUUGGCAAACAUCGGGCUAACCAGCAUGCCGCCCGCAAGGAUGUGAUCACCAUGACGCUAGAAAAGGAGCGUAACGAGUUCCGAAGCGGCGGCCUGGAGCUGAUGAAUCUGUGCGAUCCCCUCAAGUUAAAAAUGCUGCGCGAUUGGGACGGCAGUGCACUGAGUGUGCAGCACCUGAAACUCGACCUGGUGUCCCACAACAUGCUGAAGCGGCUCAAGGAGGAGCAGUCGGCGAAAAAAGAGGACACUAACGAGCAAAUGGAAACAUGAAAUAAAAUGGAAAUAUAGACUAAAAAA